AUGGGGUGGGAAGCCGAUACCUGCCGCGUUGAGUGUCAAUCAACAACAUGGGAAGAGUUCAUGCAAGGCAAACCAAAGUCUUGGGGCAGCUGGAAGAACAAGCGAUUUCCCCAGUUUUACCUCUGCGAAAGACUCUUCGGAUCAACGCUUGCUCGAGGACGGAAUGUUCUCGCAUCCACAGCCGAAGAACCGCAAGCUUUUCUGGAUGACGACGACGACGCACGCUCAGAACAUGAGUUGUCGACUGGUGGCGACAGCGAGCUGCAAUACGCGCCCGAAGGAUGGCGUCGAAGCCCAAGUGAUGAAGACGCUUCACAACGCCAAAGGGACGACUCAAGGGACGACGCAAGGGAUGGUGCAAGGGAUGAUUCACUCGAAAAUGCCACGCGAAGUCGCAUUAGUGCCAAUGACGAAGAUUCUGUGCCGUCAAAGCGCCGUCGUUCAACAAUGGCAUCGCAGUUAUCUCAAGACUUUCGUGCUAUUGCCGACCAAAACGCCAAGGAGAUGGAACUACUCGCACGUGCACUCGGCCCACCGGUACAAGCAUCCAACGUACCGCAUUGUGCAAGAGCAAUUGAAGUGCUUCAGGCGGACUUUGAAGACAUGCUCAGCGUUGAUGAGUUGGUCAAGGCAUUCGAAGUCAUGGAGAAUGAGACAAAAGCGCUUAUGUUCCUCCACAUGAAUGGCCCUGUGCGUGAAGCUUGGAUUCGACGCCAAAUAUCUCAGAUUGAUUAG